UGAAACGCUAGCGAGGGCUCCUUCCCAUGCCGGAGUCUGGCGCUGGAAGCCUGCCCCUGGCGUCUCGCCACGCGAGUGCCCCCAGACAGCAACACGCCCGCUGGAAACGCACGUGAACAAAGCGCUCGCCCUGGGAGCCGCCGCUCGCGGUUUCCCAGCCGCUUCCAGCUUCGCCGGGGAGUGCAGGGCGCGCACAGGGUUAAUUUAGUUCCCUCCCCGGUAGGAGGGAGACAAGGGGGAGGGGGCAGGCAGCUUACAGUCUGGGGCUGGGUACCUUGUAGUUAGUUGUACGUUCGAAACCUGUCGCUGUCACUUGGCGAGCUGGGCAUCUCCCGUGGUGGCCGCGGAAGAAGGAGCGCUCGGAGCCCAUCGGGGGGGCCCCCGGUCUCCGCCCCAAGGCGCUGCGCCGCCUCCGCCCGGGGUGUCUGAGCAGCUGCGCCCGCCGCCGUGUCCACCCAGACCCGGGAUCAGGUCGGCGGUUCUCAACGAUGGGCAGGAGGGACCUUGGCGGUGACCCCUAAAACAAUACCAUGCCCCGGGAGCCCCGCUGCUGCCGCGCCAGCUUCUUCCCUUUCCACCUCCCCGACCCGGUCGGAUUCGGAUGAACGCACUGCGAGGAGACACGGCGGCCUCCAGUGUUGAAUGAUACAGUAAUAAUACUUGAAGAAGAAAAAUGUUUGCCUGAAACGUACUGCUCUGAAGAGUUCUGCUAAUAAAACAAGAAGAGUUUGGAGGUCCUAAGGAAACUCUGAAUAAAGAAAAGAACAAAAUGCAAUGGGGGAAUUUAUUUUUGAGUGAAUGGCUUGGAACUCAUGAAGGAGACAUGAUUCUUUUCGAGGCAGAGGGUACACACCAGAUGAUAAAAUUGCAGAUUGAGCUUAACCAAGAAGUUCAGAGUCUCAUCAACGCUGACCUGAUCUCCAGCACGAGAAGGGAGUUCUAGUUCUGCCUGCCUCGUUGGGUCCCUGUUGACCGCUGAUAACUUGGCUUCACUCAUCGCCUGUGUGGAAAAUUCUCCCUAUUGAAAUUAUUAUUAUUAUUAUUGUUAUAAUUAUUAUUAUUAUUUUUGCACAUGGAGGACAGUAACAAAGAAGGCAACACAGGCUGAUAAGACCAGAGACCACAGGAGAAUUCUUUUACCGCAGGCCUUCGAGACUUUUCCUCCACUUGGAGUUCUGGACUUUAACAGAACCCCAUCUAGUCAUUUUGGUUUUGCUAUAUAUAUAUAUAUUUUUUUUUCUUCCUUUUUACUUUCCCCACCACCUUGUAUUUUGUUUCUGUACUUCAGAAAUGGGCCUGCAGACCACACAGUGGCCCAGCCAUGGGGCUUUUUUCCUGAAAUCUUGGCUUCUCAUUUCCCUGGGGCUCUACUCACAAGUGUCAAAAAUCUUGGCAUGCCCUAGCGUGUGCCGCUGCGAUAGGAACUUUGUCUACUGUAAUGAGCGAAGCUUGACCUCAGUGCCUCUUGGGAUCCCGGAGGGCGUAACCGUACUCUACCUCCACAACAACCAAAUUAAUAAUGCUGGAUUUCCUGCGGAACUGCACAACGUACGGUCGGUGCACACGGUCUACCUUUAUGGCAACCAGCUGGAUGAAUUCCCCAUGAACCUUCCCAAGAACGUCCGAGUUCUCCAUUUGCAGGAAAACAACAUUCAGACCAUUUCCCGGGCUGCUCUUGCCCAGCUCUUGAAGCUCGAGGAGCUUCACCUGGAUGACAACUCGAUAUCCACAGUGGGGGUGGAAGACGGGGCCUUCCGGGAGGCCAUCAGCCUCAAACUGUUGUUUCUGUCCAAGAAUCACCUGAGCAGUGUGCCUGUGGGGCUUCCUGUGGAUUUGCAAGAGCUGCGAGUGGACGAAAAUCGAAUUGCCAUCAUAUCGGACAUGGCCUUUCAGAACCUCACGAGCUUAGAGCGUCUGAUCGUGGACGGCAACCUCCUGACCAACAAGGGCAUCGCCGACGGCACCUUCAGCCAUCUCACCAAGCUCAAGGAGUUCUCCAUUGUUCGGAAUUCCCUCUCCCACCCGCCCCCCGAUCUCCCCGGUACACAUCUGAUCAGGCUCUACCUGCAGGACAACCAGAUCAACCACAUCCCUCUGACGGCCUUCUCAAACCUGCGCAAGCUGGAACGGCUGGAUAUAUCCAACAACCAGCUGCGCAUGUUGACCCAGGGGGUCUUCGAUAACCUCGCCAACCUGAAGCAGCUCACGGCUCGGAAUAACCCCUGGUUCUGCGACUGCAGCAUUAAGUGGGUCACGGAGUGGCUCAAGUACAUCCCCUCCUCUCUCAACGUGCGAGGUUUCAUGUGCCAAGGGCCUGAGCAAGUCCGGGGCAUGGCUGUCAGGGAGCUGAAUAUGAAUCUGUUGUCGUGCCCCACCACGACCCCUGGGCUGCCCGUCUUUACCCCGGCCCCGAGUACGGCCCCCCCGACGACUCAGCCCCCCACGCUGUCUGUCCCGACCCCCGGCCGGAGCCACACACCGCAGACUCCCACCACAGCCAGGCUGCCCACCGUCCCGGCCUGGGAUGGCAGGGAAAGAGUGACCCCGCCUGUUUCCGAACGGAUCCAACUGUCUGUCCAUUUCGUGAAUGACACGUCCAUUCAAGUCAGCUGGCUGUCCCUCUUCACGGUGAUGGCGUACAAACUCACGUGGGUGAAAAUGGGCCACAGCUUAGUAGGGGGCAUCGUUCAGGAACGCAUCGUCAGCGGCGAGAAGCAGCACUUGAGCCUGGUGAACUUGGAGCCCAGAUCCACCUAUCGGAUUUGCCUAGUGCCACUGGAUGCUUUUAACUACCGAGCGGUGGAAGAUACCGUUUGUUCCGAGGCCACCACGCACGCCUCCUAUUUGAACAAUGGCAGCAACACGGCCUCCAGCCACGAGCAGACGACGUCCCACAGCAUGGGCUCCCCUUUUCUGCUGGCGGGCCUGAUCGGGGGCGCCGUGAUAUUUGUGCUCGUGGUCUUGCUGAGUGUCUUUUGCUGGCACAUGCACAAAAAGGGGCGCUACACGUCCCAGAAGUGGAAGUACAACCGAGGCCGGCGGAAAGAUGACUAUUGUGAGGCCGGCACCAAGAAGGACAAUUCCAUCCUGGAGAUGACAGAGACCAGCUUUCAGAUCGUCUCCUUAAAUAACGAUCAGCUCCUUAAAGGAGAUUUCAGACUGCAGCCCAUUUACACCCCGAAUGGGGGCAUUAAUUAUACAGACUGUCAUAUCUCCAACAACAUGCGAUACUGCAACAGCAGUGUGCCAGACCUGGAGCACUGCCACACGUGACGGCCAGGGGCCCGGCGUCAGGAAGGCGGACACUAGGACUCCCGAGAACACACACGUGUGUGCACAUAGAGACACGCGAAUUACAUUUGAUAAAUGUUACCCAGAUGCAUUUGUGCAUUUGAAUACUCUGUAAUUUAUACGGUGUACUAUAUAAUGGGAUUUAAAAAAAAAAGUGCUAUCUUUUCUAUUUCAAGUUAAUUACAAACAGUUUUGUAACUCUUUGCUUUUUAAAUCUUAAAAAAAAAUAGUUGCUGAAGUACUGUACAGGGUUGUACAAUGAGAACCCAAUGCCAAGGCAAAAGAAGGAGUGAUUCUUCCUCAUGAUGCACACUACCCAUUUUGCCGUAGAAGCUGUCAGAAUAAAUUCCCUUCUUACGGUCGGUGGUCAGAUGAGAGGGCAGAUUACAGUGGCCUCAUCAGGGCAGGCUAAAUAAUGUGGGUAAAACAAGAAAUGGCCCAGAUACCUCCGUGCUAUUUCUGCACUUCCUGACCUGGAAGAAAAGUAUAACAUUUCGAAAUACAAGAAAGGAGGUAGUUACCCCGAUUUGACCCAGAGCAGGAAAUGUAUAGAAAGCAUCACGAGGAAGCCCGUUCCCGUAAGAUAAGUUAACCCAACUUGGCAAAACCCAGAAAUCGACACGUUUGGAAAAGAACUUCAAACCCCAGGGGUGGGGGAGGGGUUGGCUUUCUGAUUGGGAGCUUAAAAAAUCACUCCUCAUGCUCCCCUGGCCCUAUGCGAUAACAGAGUUAGAGACUUGAGUGUGAUUUCGGUCAUCUGCAGGGACACGUAGGAUGUUCCAGCGAGAAAACUCCCUUUACAAGUGUUACUAUUCAAAUUAUAUGUCAGGUUGAAUCACAUUCAACAGAGAUAUAUUCUAGAAUACUUUUGUAGAAGAGGCUAAUAAAAUAACGGGAAGAAUUAUAUUGAAUGGAAUUAUUUUUGAUAAUGAGACUUAUUUCGGUAGAUUCACUGAGGCUAUGUCAACAUGAUAUGUAGACCAACAAGAGAUGAGUGUUUGGAAUAUACUAAAGUUGAUAUUUGAAAACCGUCGAUACCAUUUAGACAAAAACAAGUGAUCAGUGGUUCUGCUCUACUUUAUCAAAUGACUGUAUUAGUAUCAUGUUGAAAUAGCUUGAAUUAAUACCUUUAUCCCCUUGCAAAUUUGUCUUCCAAUCACCUCACAUAUAUUUUCGUAAUUAGCUAUUUAUGCUACAUUUGUUUGGUUUUUUCCCCCACUCUGCUUAAAAUUUGAAAGAAAAUUUUAGAUGCCAGUCUUGGUUGCACAAAUAUCCAUAUAUACUUACACACUAUAAAAUGUAUACUGAUUUUCAGUGCUAAUAAUUCUGUAAAGAUACAUCAAAACUGGCUGAAAUAAUGUUUGUUUGCUUUUUAUUUUUUUUAUUUUAAAGCAAUACGGAGUUUCCACCUUGGACUGAACUUGAAUUCCAUUUUUGAAUUUUCGUUUAUUCCUUUUCAGUCUUGAGUGCCCCUCUUCUUUGGGAAUUGUGGAGGGAUAAUCUACCUUUUAUUAACCGGAUAACACGAGAAAUGAACAAAGUCAGAGUGCAGGCUUGUUCCCCCAACCUUGGCAGAGUGGGACAUAGAGCAGAGGGCUUAGAGAAGGGAGGGAUGUCUGUGCUUACAUAUUUUCAAAGUAAUGCCCAUCUUCACAAAGUAUGUAUAACUUACUCCUUUUCAUCCCUUAGAUGUAGAAGGGCUAUCGAUCGCAUACAUUAUCUAAAAAAUACACACCCUUGGAAAAAUUCCUUUUAAAGUCAAUUUUUACCCUGUGUUGCAUAUUUCCUUUACCACGGGCCACUUCUUAGGGACCUAUGAAGUUAAUGUCACAAUCAUUUUGUUUCUCUCUCUCUCUCUCUCUCUCUCUCUCUUAACAAAAUAGAACUGUGAUGUGUCUUCUUUGUAAGAGUUUAGGUAUAAAAUGCUAUGCAAGUUUUUCUUUAUAGUAAGAGCUUUAUUUUCUUUAAUAAUGUACCCCCAACUUAUAUGUUUUAAUCUCCCUUGUCCCUCACAAUAAGCAGCAAAUAUAACUCAAGUUAUAAUGUUGUAGAAGCAAGAAUCGAAACUGCAGUCAGUUGAGCUGAAAUUAGCUACGAAUUAAUUUGAAUUAAUCCUAAAGUGACUUAGGUUUCCAUUUUAGUCUAUUAGCUAGUGAAUUUUGGCUGUUGCUUUUUUAAAGCUAAUUCCACACAGCGAAGGGACAAGACAGUCUGUGAAGGUGAUCAGUGUAAUAGUAAGCCAUGUAACAUUCAGGACAAUGACAUGGGGUUUUGUGUAUUUUACUGGAUAAUUCCCUUCCACUGUCCUCUUCCCCUUGGCUGUGUAGAUAAAACUAUAUGUUCAAAUGAUGGCACUUUGACUUUUGAGGGUUUUUUUCUCUUCCAUCCACGAAAUAAUCAUUCUCAUGUAUUUCUAUUGUGCGUAUAACCCCCAGCACGAUAUUUGGCAGCUGAAAUGUUUUUGCUUUGGGCCAAGAAGAUCAAUGUUGGAAGGGUUUCUAUGACGUCUUAUGGGAUUCACAGAAUUAUGACGAGAUAGAAGGUAGUUAUAGGCUUCACUUCGAUCUUGCACACAGUGUGACAGAGACUACUAAAAUUGAGAUCAAACUCCCACUUGUCGUAGCAUAAGCUAGGGCUCUCGCCUACACCAGGACAGAAAGCACAUCAUGGGAUUUGUAAUGUUUUGUAUGUCUUAAGAAGACUGCUGAAUAGCCAACCAUCGAUGUUGGGUUGGGCUUUGACUGGCAUUUUCAGUCAUGGUGGUGUGUUUUGCUGAUACAUCUGCUCUGUAUUGAGCCUCCUUUGCUGUCAUUGUUUAUUUUGAGAUGAGUCAGGAGUCACAGUUGAAUCAGUCACAGACCAAGUCCAUAAACAAAGCCAUACAUACCGACUGGCUUAUAAAGAACUUGAUGCUGUUUGACCAAACAAGGUGAUCAGAUCAUACAGAGCUACAUUCAGAGCUAGGUAACUAUCACUGUGCAGAGGAAAGUCUAAAGGAAAAGGCACAACCAUGAUCACACAGAUAUUAUUGAUCAUUAUUCACACCCAUGGUUUUCAUUAAUACUUAUUUGUUUGGGGAGAUGUGUUUGAAUAGGGAGAGGCUCUGUGUUUCCCUCAAAACUGUCAAAUGCAUUAACAGCUCGUCGCAAUGGACACCACAAGCAGAGACCAAAAGUGCAUUUCCCUGCUUAGUUUCCUUGUGUGAGAAGUGGGAAACAUUCUAUCCCAUUAGAAAUAAUGCAAUUUCUAAAUAUCUGGAUGUUUGUUGAAAAUAUGUUAGAUGCAUUCCCUGAAGUAAAAACAAAAACAAAAACAAAAAAAAAAACCUGUAAUGUGACCAAUCUGGCAAAAGUAUUGAUGACGGAGCUCAUUUUGAGGCUCCAUUUCCUAUCAGUGCAAAUCACUAUGGUCUUCGUCAUUUCACAAGAUCACAGCUUACUUCCCCUCUGUGGAGAACCAGCUCUGUGUGCAGCCAGCCGGACAUCCAAUCUGAACAUAAAUUACUAGGGCUGCCCUAGUUCAGAGAACAUCAACUGGAAGGCCCAGUGCAACUUUUGACAGUGAAGUGGUUAAUUUCCACUGACAUCUUUGUUUAUAGCAUUUUUUCUUUAAAACCCACCAUGAGGAGACAUUAGAACAUGAGAAGAAUGGUUUUGCCCGUGAUUUACCUUUCCUGCUUAAUGGGAAAGCAGAACAGUUUCCUUGUGCCCCAAAGGGAAAGAGAUACAAAAACAGAACAACACAAAAACUACUAGUUCUUAGUCUUUGUCAAAACUGGCCUGAUGUCCUUUUUUUUUUUUUUUUUUUUUUCCCCAAAAUACAAAUGAAGAAAGCUAUUGUUUACAUCCUUCUCUGAUUUCUUCUUCAGCAGGGUCAAAAGACAAAAGACAAUUGCUGGCAACAAGGGAUGCUUGUCACAGAUUGUGGGGAGAAAGAUUUAUACAUGUAUGAUACUGCUGUUAUAACAAACUAAUCGGAUUCUUGUGCUAUAGUUUUCAUUUUUUUCUUCUUCUAGUGGCACAUGUAUCAGAAGAGCACAAAGCAAGGCCAUCGCAACAGGAAUUUUUAAACUAGUAUGAAACCCACACAUGCUUGCACACACACACACAAACACACACCGAGGUAUUUAUAAAGAUAACCAUGGGAUGUAAAAUUUAUGACCUUUUUGAGGCAAGGUGAAGGUGUCUCCACCGUCUGUCCCUCCUAGGACCAGUAUAUAUUCACUGAAAGUUAAUCCCGAUGAGUUGUUAUUGUUCGAACCAUAUGUUGAUUUGCUUCUGGUUUAUGUUUAGUGUGUCCUCACUACAAGGAACUGCAAGGGGCUGGAAGAUUUUGCAUUCAUUACACAUCCUCUGAGACCUACCAUGUCACACACUUUGUUAACUACAAACUUCACUCUACACUAUACAGUACCUUGUUGAUAUAUUCAGUAAAGGCUUAUUUUAAAAGAAAACCACACUGUGUUUAAGUUCAUUGGGUUACAACCAAUACUUGCGUUGUUAAUGUUAAAAAGAAAUGUGGGAUGAUUCCUGAUGAUGUAAGAGGGUGGCAGGGGUGAAGGAAGUAGUAGGAUUUUUCCUUUUCUCCUACUUUGAAGACAACUUGUAUUUUUUAAGGCCAUUGGACCCUUUUUUGUGGGAGGGGUUUACAUGACAUCUUCAUGUUCUUUUCUAUUUCUCCACUAGAUUGUGUGUUCCUAUGAAUAUCUUUUUAGUAUACACACACACAUUAAGCAUGUUGUUUUGUAUUUGUGAAAUCUGUGUUAUUUGGCAUAGAGAUAAAUACCAAUGUAGUUAUCCAAUCGGAAUAGUCUUUGCCCCUAUUUCAUAACAUGCGCUAUUGCUUUUAAAUGUCACUUUUCCUUUAGAAUUCUUAUGGUACAUUUCUACUUAUGAUUUGUUUAUAGUUCAUCCACCCAUACUUCCAAUGAGCACUCAUGGAAAAUGUUAUCUAUUCAUAUGCUCCAGUGCAACUCAGAUUUAUCUCAAGGUUUGCCAGAGCCCCUCUUUAACUCUCACUAAUAAUGUACUUGACAUAGAUUAAAUCAGGAAAUAAAAUCACAACACUUCAGUUAA